AUGACAACAGCACAUAGGCCUACAUGGUAUAAUGCCAUUGGUGGGGAAAAUCAGGGUGGUAAUAGAAAAGUUGGGCAAACCGCAAAAGUUUGUAGCAGGGAUUUGCCUGGCCAUACAAAAAUGAAAAUGAGAGAUUUGAACGACUAUACAGAGGACAAGGAAAUAAUCAAAAAUAAUUUAAUUGAACUAGAAAACAAAUCCAAUAAACGAGAAGGAAAUAAUAAAGAAAAUAAUAACAAUAAUGGUAGAAAUAAACUGCUAGCCAUUGAAAAUAUUAAAAAAUUAACAAAUUGCGAUUAUACUAAUCCCUUUCCAGAGGAUGAAGAUGACGAAAUUCAGGAUGAAUGGAAAGCACACAAAAUGAAGAAAAAAAAGAAAGAAAAAAAUAAUAAUAAUUAUGAACAGAAUGAUAAAAUGUCCGAAGAAAAUAGUAAUAUCAUAGAUAGUGAUAUGAAUACUGAAAAUAAUGACGAAAGUGAUGAAAUGGAUAAUGAGUCUGAUGAAGAAGAAAAGGAACUUAUGAGGGAACUCGAAAACUUAAAAAAAGAAAAACUAGAAAAAUUGAAAAGAGAAAAAGAAGAAGAAGAACUUAUGAAAAAUAAAAAAAAUAAUGUCCUUACAAAUAAUCCUCUUAUAAACUUAGAAGAUAGUGAUAAUGAAGAAUUUGAAAAACUUCAAAAAAAAAGAAAGUGGACUGAUGAAGCUAUAUUUAGAAAUACUUGUGAAAAAAAAACAAAAACAAAUACAUUUAUAAAUGAUACAGUACGUACAGCAUUUCAUAAAAAAUUUUUAUUUAAAUAUAUACACUAA